GUAAGCAAUUCAGAGAAGAAUUCCUAGCAGGAUCAUAUUCAAAUAUUGCAUCAACUAGAUAUCCCUUCCUCAUUUGCAGUGAUGGAGUUUUAGCGUGCUGGUACUAAAGAUGGAGUUGGACAGAAUUAGCAGUUUACCAAAUGAUGUCACAGAAAAGAUUUUGUCACGUUUGCCGCUUAGGGAAGCAGUGAGGACACGUGUUUUAUCCAGCAAGUGGAGGUACAAAUCGGCCAUACUUCAAGAUCUAAAAUUUAAUGAAUAUGUUUGGAGGAGAAGCCAAAAUCGGUAUGAUGAUCAAAUCCAAACAACCUUUGUGAACAUGGUUGAUCACGCACUCUUACUUCAUAUUGGCCCCAUUCGCAAGUUCGAGCUGUUUGCUGAUGAGGUAUCCACUAGAGAUCUUGAUCGAUGGCUUACUCAUCUAUCAAGAAACUCGAUCAAAGAGUUGGUACUUUGUCUCUGGGUAGAUGAAUACCACAUUCCAUUAUGUGUGUUUUCUUGUCAAGAUCUCGUUCUUUUGGAUUUAACUAAAUAUUUUCUUAUGGAUUCAAAUUUAACUGAGGUUUGGCUCAAACCUCCGUCAACGUUCAAAGGAUUCAGGAGCUUGAAGAGCCUUCAACUUGUGGGCAUCACCGUGGCCCAAAAUGUGUUUGAAAAUUUGAUAUGUUGCAGUCCUCUGCUUGAGAGAUUAAUAUUGCUACAUUGUGAUAGUGUCACCACUGUCAAUAUUGAUGCACCAAAUCUCAAAUUUUUAAACAUUUUAGGUAUCUUUGAUGUUGUCAAUCUCAAAAGUACCCUAAAUCUUACAGAUGCUUCAAUCGGUGUGACCAUCUAUACUGAUGGUCAUAACCAAAGAUUGGUUCCUGACAGUUGGUUUCCUAGCAGUUCUAGCAAUUUGCACAAGAUUUUUGAUCACCUCCCUUACAUUCGAAAGCUCGCAAUUAAGUUGCACUGUUUAAAGUAUCUGUCUCUGGGUGCCUUGCCCGAAAAGCUUCCUAAAUCAUGUGAAUAUCUGAAUGUUCUUUCUAUAGAAAUAUGCUUCGAUGAUCCGGAUGCAAUUCUAACUGCUCUAUGCAUUCUGAGAAGCUCCCCUGCUCUACAGGAAUUAGAAAUUCUUAUGGAUGGCAGAAAGAAACUCACAAGGAGACCCUGGGUUGUCGAAGAACAGAAAUGUUCUUGUUUAGAUGUGAGCUACAAUUGCACACUUUCUCAACUGCGACUUGUGAAAAUAACUGACGUCUCCGGUGUUAAAGCUGAACUAGAUUUCAUCAGAUUUCUACUUUUAAGUUCACCUCUGCUUGAGAGAAUGACUAUCACACCUCCUCAAUUUCCUAAGUCUGCUUCUGUGGAUGGUUUUCCGAAACUAGUAAAAGAGCUACUCCAGUUUAAACGUGAAUCAAAGCAUGCAGAGAUUAUUCUCCUGGACCCUUAAUUCAUCAAUGUAUUGAAGCAGCUAAGAGGUUCUGGACUUCUUGUAGAAAUGAAUUUGGCUUGGAGUUGUCCCUUUUGGGACAAGUCUAAAGUCUUUAUAUCAAGAAUUCCACUGUCGUUAUUAGUUGAAUUUGCUUAUGAAAUUAUGUAUCAUGUUACAUUUUCUAUCAGAGUAAUGAAAGGUACGAACCUAGUAAGAAAAAUUUGGGUGUAGUAGCAGUCUCUUUGAUGUAAGAACAAUGUCGGUUCAUCAUCAGAAACCCUUCUCGCUUCUCAGCU